AUUGAGUCCAUAUAUACACGCUUCCUUCUGGAACAUCGAAACCAUUGUCACCGAUCGAUAUAUAUCUUGAAGAUCUUGCGAAUCGUCACCACUGUUCAAGAAAUCGUAACCGCGAGACAAGCAGACAUCGUUCGUUCCGAGCUACGAGUUCAUUUACAAAUUUAUACAUAUAUCGUUAGGAAAAUAAAAAAAAAAUCAAAUCGAUAUGUACAUGGCAGAGGAAUACGUGAACGCGAGCAAGUCCCAAUAUCGCGACGCGCUCGAUCUUAUCGAGGAAUUCAAGAAAGAGAUAUCCGAGAUGGAAGGAAAGUGCAUCGACAUCGGUUGCGGGCCAGGGAACGUUUCCAAGAAAUUGAUCCUGCCAAAAUUGCCACCGGAAGCUGAGCUAAUUGGAGCGGACAUAUCGAAAGCGAUGGUCGAUUACGCGAGACAGAAGUACCAGAACGAGAAACGUUUGUCGUUUUUGCAACUGGACAUCGAGACUUCGGUUUUAUCUAACGAAGAACUGGAACAGAGAGCUUUCGAUAACAUUUACAAAUUACUACAACCAGAAGGAAAAGCUCUGGUUAUGUUCUUGGCUUGGAACAACGGUUUCGAUGCCUACAUGAGGAUCUACGAGAACCCUCGAUAUAAGCCAUACAUGGAGAUAUUUCGAGUUUACUCACAGAAAUUAUUCUGGCCUCAGGAUGCAAGUCGCUUCGUGCCUUUUUUCCACCGGUGCAAAGACUCGCGGGCAACCUUGAGAAAGAUGCUGGAGGACAUAGGCUUCGAGAUUCUACACUGCAGCAGAAGAGAAAAGAGUUUUGUCUACCAGAACAUGGAAAUAUUAAAACGUCAUAUGAUAGCGGUUAAUCCCUUCAUCUCGCGGAUCCCUGAUCAUCUGAAAGAGGAGUUUGAAGAUGUGGUAGUGCGCGAAAUAGCCAGUCAGAAGAUUUUAUUCCCAAACAAGAAUGACAAUGGUCAGCAAGAAUAUAGUAUCUUGGAUAGAUAUCACAUUCUUGUUGCGUACAUAAAGAAGCCAUCCGAUUAUCACUGUUUUCCUCCCGAGUUAAAUGUUCUCAUCAAUCGAGUCCAUCGCAAAUACAACAUCCAUCUUUCCUUGUUCCUUUUAUGGAGGAUGAUAACUCGUUGAGAAAUGUAAUCGCAAUAAACCGACGUAAACUUAAGGAAAUGGUAACUUGUCGGAUCGUUUCAUCCGGAUGGAUGUCUAGAACAAUGUUUAAGCGAACACGCUUAACUCCCUAA